CAAAAACAUAAGAGAUGGGGAUAGUGUGUGGUGUUGAUCGACAAGAUCUGAAAGCUGGAGAUCACAUUUUCUCUUACCGAGCCUGGUACACUUAUGCUCAUCACGGAAUUUAUGAUGAAGAGAAUAAUAUGGUUAUCCACUACACCAGAACACAGCCGGAAUCUCUCUCUCACGCGCCGACUGAACCCGCCAGUGGAGGGUGUGAUAUCUGCAAUUACCAACCAAAAGCUGAGAGAGGUGUCGUGGCUUGUUGCUUGGAUUGCUUCCUAAAUGGCAGCAGUAGUAGUAGUAGUCUCAACCGGUUUGGUUAUGGCGUUUCGCCAUUUCAGUUCUUGGUGAGCAGGAUUGGAACGUGCAGCCUUGACCAAAGCGACGCCCCGGAAGUGGUGGUCCGGCGAGCUCGCCAAAUGCUGAUCGGAGAUGAUGACUUCGGCGAAUACCAUCUUCUAGACAACAACUGUGAGUCAUUCGCCACUUAUUGCAAGACACGAAAGCGUUUGAGCUUCCAAGCUGAGUCUCUAAAGAGCAGAGCUAUUUUCUUGAAACACAAACCUUUUAGCUUUCAGAAUCUGAAAACCACUGUUGCUGGAAUGGUGUUUGGUUACAAGGUUGUUGUCAUGAUUAACAACCAUUUUAGCUGA